AUGAAGGUCAUUUUCUGGAUUUUCCUCAUCUUGGCACUUCUGGCACCAAUUGCCACGUCAUCAAGUCAUCAUCACAAACACCGUACAUGCUACAAAAAGUUGAAGAUACACAUUGGAGACGUCUGUGGAUCCGAAUGCCUAGGAGACCUCAAGUUGGUCCAAAAUGUUGUAUGUCUGGGAGGCACCGUCACAAACGAACAACUCAAAGAUGUCUGUUGCCCGGAUCAGGAGUGA